CAACCAACAUCAAGAAUGCCUUCAACUUUUACCGCAACUGGAACUCACACGAAACUAUAUACUGUAAAUGGAGGUGUUGCACCAGGUCAUACCCAACCAGAUUGGCUUGGAAGUACUCUUACCCGAGCUCAUCGAGACAAAGCUAAGAAAAAACGAAAACCUAUUGCACCGGGUACUGAAGGAAAAAGUUUAAUUCAGGAUUUUGAUUUUCCUGAAGCUUCCAAUAAAAUUAAAUCGACUUCUGAUGGACGUUAUAUGAUCGCUACUGGAACUUAUAAACCACGAAUGAAAGUGUUUGAUUUGGAUGAAUUAGCUAUGAAAUUUGAUAGAGUAACAGAUAGUGAAAAUAUUGACUUUUGUACUCUUUCGACGGAUUGGACAAAGACAAUUCAUCUUCAAACUGACAGAACUCUUGAUUUACAUACACAAACUGCUUCACUCUAUCGAGUACGGAUACCCAAACACGGUCGAGCCUUAGCCUAUCAUUUUCCAUCUUGUGAUGCAUUAUGUGGUGGAGCUGGAUCAGAAUUAUGGAGACUAAAUUUAGAACAGGGUAGAUUCUUAGCACCUUUUCAAUUAUCAGAAGAAGUUUUAGGUAUCAAUACUAUCGAUAUCAAUCCAGUUCAUGGUCUUAUUAGCUUAGGAACUGAAACAGAAAGUGGCGAAGGUACAAUAGAGUUUUGGGAUCAUCGAGCUAGAGCUAGAGCUGGUCGACUUUCUUUACCUUGUUCAUCAUUAGGUGGAGGUCCUAUAUCAAACUUGGCUACUACUCAAAAUUCGGUUCCAAUUUCGGUCACAGCACUAGCAUCUCGCCUUGAUGGACUGACAGUAGCAGUAGGCACUUCUAGUGGUCAUACUUUACUUUACGAUCUUAGAGCAGCUAUGCCGCAUACAACCAAAGAUCAAGGUUACGGAUUACCCAUCAAGAAGAUCGAGUGGCCUACAUCUAUUGCUGCUAGUGGAUUCGGACAGAAUGAAGGGUUCGUUGCUACAGCUGAUUCAAACGUAGUCAAGAUCUGGUCACGUCAUACCACCGAAAACUUAGUUUCAGUCAAUCCAGUUUCACCUAUCAAUGAUAUGCAUAUCUAUCCUGAAAGUGGAUUAAUCUUUUUAGCAAAUGAAGCAAGUCCAAUGACAGGGUACUUUGUUCCAGCACUCGGUCCAGCUCCUAAAUGGUGUCGAUUCUUGGAAAAUAUGACAGAAGAGAUGGAAGAAUCAAAAGAACCUGCUAUUUAUGAUGAUUAUAAAUUCGUAUCUGAUUCAGAAUUGAAAGCUUUAGUUUUAGAUCAUUUGAUUGGUACACCGGCUUUAAGACCUUAUAUGCAUGGUUAUUUUGUUGAUCUAAGGUUAUAUGCUAAGGCUAAGGCGAUCGCUAAUCCAUUUGCUUAUAUUGAACAUCGAGAUAAAUUGGUCAAAGAGAAACUUGAAAAACAACAAGAAAGUCGAAUUCGAGCAAGUAAAGCACAUCAAAAAUCUCAUGAAGCUGAUAAGAUGUUGGAAGAAAUCAAGAUUAAUAAAGAACUCGCUGAAAGGAUACUUGAGCAAGACAAUAAACUUCAACGUAAACGUCAACAAGAUCAUUCAUUGGAUACUGAACAGAAAGCGGCACCUAGUGGAUCAUUAUUACAAGACUCCAGAUUUAAAGACUUGUUUACAAAUGAAGAUUUCGAAAUUGAUGAAUUUUCAAGAGAAUACGCAGCAGUGAAUCCAUCAAGUGUUGCAUCGGUUAGGAAGAAAUUACGAGAUAUGGGUCAUGAUUCUGAGAGUGAGGGUACGGAAGUUGGUUCGGAUAAUCAAUCGGAUGGAGAAGAAGAAAUUGAAGAUUCAGAUGAUAGUAGUGAAGAUGAUGAUAUUUGGAAGAAGAGCCGACGUAAAGCCGAGAGUUCAGACAAACGACAGAAGCGUAAAGCAACAACCCAACAAAUACCAACACCAUCAGCUUCAAACGAAUAUGAGCCCAACAAUCGUCCUCAAAUGCUCAUUGAUCAAGAUGAUGCAGAUGCAUUGGCUCUUAGGUCGAGAUCAAAGCAGACCACAUUUGGGAAACGUCUAGCGGGUGAGACUGAAGGAGGACGGAAAGGAAAAGGAAAUAACUCUGAUAGCAAAUCUGAAUCUGUCCGGGUUUUACCUGGAGGUGGAAUGGAACUUUCAUUUAUCCCGUCCGAAGAACCGGUUCAGGAAGCACCUUCGAAAGCUAAGCCUAAAGCAAAAGUCAGUGAGACAUUUGGGAUUGGAUUAUCGAAAGGAAGUAAAGAAGAUGACGAGGUACAACUUGAAGGGGAGGAGAAAACUGGUCGAACUAAACGUAGAAGGGUGGAAAGGAGUGCUAGUAAAACCAAAGUUAGAUCACUUUGAGCGUGCAUUUUCAUAUCACAGUCUUCUCGGGGGGCUCAGAUUUCGUGUUUUGUGGAGUUUUAUCCUAACGGGGCAUUAACUUGCUUAUUAAAGUACUUUUUCUUCAUGCAAUUGAAUGUUUGUUUUUCAUGGUGGUUCAUACAUUGCUUCUCAGGUCUGUGUCUAAGUAAUCAUACUGUUUAUAUCAACUAUU